AUGCCUCCUCCGGUCAGCUUUCCUCUACUUCGUCGGCCGGAGCGGCAGUACCCCCGAAAAGCCCGCAACGUCCAGCGCAAAAAUCGACGGGCAAGCCACUCGUUGCCGGGGUCAAGCAGCGGCAGCAGUUCUUACAAUUGUAGCUGCGGCAAGACGGCGAACCGAGCGGACAAAUCGAAACACGCAUCGCACACCCAUUCCUCCGCACACCAUCAACACCAGCACCACCAUCAUCAGCACGGUCACCAGUGCCAUUCGACGAUCAGCAGCAGCAUACGCAAGGAGCUGGCGUCGUACGAAAACCCUUACCAAGCGCAGGCAGCAGUCGCCGCCGGUGCACGGAAGAAGCCGACCAAACGCAACGCCAGCACGGAAAGUUUGGAUCUGUUCGACAAAUGUCCGCCGGAGGAGUGUAGCUGUGGGCUUUAUUCGCCCAGCUCGAUCAACGGUGGCAAAAGCUGCCGAAAGUGUCGUUCCUCGGUCUGCGAUAGUCCGAGUUCGCCCGGCCGUUCGGGAACGCUGACCGGCGGUGGAGGAGCGCAGCAGAAAAAGCACAAUUCUUCCAAAUUUAAGGACGCUUCAACGAGCCCGAAAUCGAGCAGCCCGAUGAAGACGAUUGCGGCGGAAUGUCGCAGCCCCAAAAUUGAAGCGUCCACCGACACUAAGUUCGAUUUCAACUUUUCGCCCAAAACGGAAAACCACUACCGGCGGCUGUCCUCGCUGAGUAUCAACUCUGCCGGUGGCAAGCAUGCGGGUACGAGCCCGAUGAAGCACGCCGCGGGUGCAACUGCGUCCUCGGCAGCGGCAAGCCCCAAACCGAGCCCCCAGAAGUUAACACCGAUGCGGACGUCCGAGCAGCGAACGCUGGAAAAGUCGAACUCGCUCGGCGAAAACAAACCACCACGUUUGCUGCGGAACACGCGCAGCUUAUCGCCCCGGCCACCGGUACGCCAUCAGCAUUCGAUUAUGGUUUCGGACGAGAACGAUAUCAUCUCGGUGAAACUUUCCCCGAACGAGGAGUACGAUGAUGAGGUUGGGAAGAAGGGAUCGGCUAAGCUGGACGAGGGUAGCGCGCACGAGGGCCGACCGGAUCCGGCGACGGUGAAAGGAAGCGGUGAGAAGGUGAAAAAGUUGGGCGAUGGGUUGAAAAGCGCGAACGGUAACCGAAGCACCAGCUGCCUGGUGUACGUUCCGUCGGAUCCAUGGACCCGGAUGUCGGCCAGCAACUCACCGCUCCCGUCAUCCAAGCAGCAAAAAUCGAAAACGCUCGAUAAUAAUAGCAAAGCGUACGGCAAACCGUGCCUCGACUACAUGAAAAACUCGGACCCAUGGGUGUGGCGCUCGAACGUGAACCUUCCGGACCGAUCGGCCAAGGGAGGACCGGGCAAGAAGCGUAGUGCCGCGCUACCGCACCAAACAAAAUCGCUCACGAGCACCGUCAGCCGGGACGAUUCGGACGUGGUCGGCAGGCAGCAAGCGAAGCUGUGCCAGCAGCAAUCGCUCGGCCGGUUCGAGAAAACGCUCACCAUCCCGGGAGCGAUGGACGGGAGCUUUGAUGCGCGUAAAAAAAUCACCCGACCGAAGCUGCAGCGCUCCAAAUCUCCCUCGUUUUAUGAAGACUUCUUUCAACAGCCAACCGGUGCUGGUGGUGGUGGUGGUGGUUUAGACGCUCAGAACAAAUCACCCCAGACGGGUUCGCUGUCGCUGGCGAAAAAUAAAUCCGUGUCCUCGCUCAAGAUGGAAAAGAAUGCUUCCAACUCGAACCUGAACGGCCACAGCGGCACCACCAGCAGCAGCGUGCUGAUCAGCAACAGCAGCAACACAAGCAACAGUGGCAGCUUUAGCAGCUACAACGGGAACGGUUCACCGACCGGCCGGAAGCAGCAACCGUCACCGAAGCUAAGCAUCCUCCCGGUGGCGACACAAUCCUCGUACGCAUCAUCCCCCGCGAAGCAACCUGCCCUGCACGACUCGACCAAAGGCUCGCUGAAUCUACUUAACCCGAACAUGCUACAACCGCGCCACAGCUUCUCGACGCCCUCGCAAAAGGACGACGAGCUGCAGCUUAACAUCCGGCGCUUGAGCGAGCAGAUGAAUGCAAAGUACAGCCAUUCCGCGGCAUUCCCAUCGCCACCAGCAUUCCUUAACGAUACGAUCCAGCAGCAGCAUCAACACCAGCACCAGCAGGUCACUGCCGGCAGCAAGAAGGCGGUUGGCGGUAGUGGCAGCAGUUUGACGGCGGUAGGAGGCACGAGCGGCGGCAGUAUCGGUGGGCUGAACGAAGCGUCCCAGCGCAAGACGGCUUCCCACUCGAAGAUCAAUGAACCGAUACUGGAAACACGAUGCUAAAACUACUGGAACAGCGCACUGUCGUAGCUUGUAGCUAGAGCAUAAAAUUAAUUCUGGCGCGCGAUCGGGUAUUUUCGCGGGCGCGCCAGAGGUCUGUGUGGAAGAAGGAAUUUAAAAGAAUUGACGAUUUGAAUCGGAUCGGAAAGGUUCACCCCGGUGUGUAAGGAGAACGAACAGGUGAACGAUGUUUCAUUUUAUCGUAAAAGAAAAUGUUGAACAAACUUAAUUUAGCGUUUUUUGAAUGCAGCACAAGCACACGAGAUCAACCACUAUAGCAAGUAAAACCAACAAAUCAUAAAUAUCAUUCAUUCUACUGCUCUCGGUGAAACGUGCUGCUGGAAUGGCGGGAAGCAUUCCCGGGAGAUGCAUGAUCCACUGAUUCGAUAGAGACGAUUGAACAGGAAAAAAGGGAAUAUCAUUAGUAAGAAUUUUAGAUUUUAAGCACAGAGGCAACACGCUGCCACAGGAAUUCAGCAAUGGCCGGCCGGAGCGUUCGGUGCAAAGUUUAGCAAAAUUUAACGGCGGUCACACAUCCCGACAAUUAUGUAGGCUAAAAUAUGUUGAAACGUGAAUUGAUUAUUGAUCGAAACCAAUAUUCGUAGACAAGCGGUCUCUAGCGCCAGAGAGAGAGCGAGAGAGAGAGAGAGAGAAAUCAGUGACUGCUAUACACGACUAAUAAUAGUGCCAACCACCAACAAGUAGUGUCGCUGGGUGCAAUGUAGCACAACGGGCAGAGAUUAAUAGCAAGAUCGGAUGUGCAAUAAUGAGGAAGUGUAUCCUGCCCUGGCGUAUACAUUAAGGAAGCGGAAACGAUCGGAUAUGGUUGGGGUUUUUUUUGAAACAUUUAGCUUGUACAUCCCAAAAUUGUCCGGAUCGGGACGAAGCAGCAUUUGUAGUGUGCUUACCCGGUUCCAGGCGCAGUAAGGUUGAUAUUUUUUGGCCGUUUUACUUAAGCAUGCACCUUAGAGCGGGUUUCGUUUAACCGCCAUGAUCUGCGCCAUGUUGGGUUUUUGGUUCGCGAUCGUUACAACACUCACAGACACUAGUAGAAAAUGCGUUUUAAGUUCCAUUUUCCGAUCUUUCACUGCUUAGAUUUACUUACACGAGCGUUUAAUUGUAGUGUGUUCCCUGUUUCGGGACCGUUUAUAGUUUGUGAUUUGGAAGUUGAGCCUCCAAUAUUCGAGCCUUCUGUCCUCCUUGAGUUGAGCCUCCUUUUUCGAUAGGAGCCGCUGCGAAUAGGGAUGGAUGUGUGUGUGGGUUGCAUGCAUGAGUUUAACAAUAAAUUACACUCCCCACUGCCAACAUAUAUACACACACACACAAACACAGAAAACUCACGUUCCGUUUACCGUACGUAUCAGGAUAUUCUCCAAGUUAUCCGUCGUUUCUCGUGCAUUACACACUUCAUUUCAUUCUCCCUAACAAAGCACUUUUAUCGAUCACCGGGAAAUGUGGUAACUUGUAAAUACGUCCUACUUAUACACAUCUCCCACGGGGUGUUACUUCUACUACUGCUACCCUCACUUCCCCUACCCAUAUGUUGGUGGUCUGCUGUAUCAGCGGAUGUUCCCUAGCGACAACAUGCUAUCGCGCAACACACCUCUGUUGUGUGUGUGUUCUUUCCCCCAACGAAAAGGGAGUGUGUGUGCACACGGAUUACACUACUUAUAGAGGAGACCGGCACCGGCCGGUUACGAUUGUUUUACACCCUUGAAAGGACACCUCCUCCCAGCGGGACUUAUCGUACCAAAUCUUUCAAACCUCGGAACGGGCAAGCAAAAGGACCCCCCUUACGCCGCCCCGUACUCUAUUUCAUGAUUAACCAAUAAAAUCUCGAAACGAAA